GUUCGUUUUAUCAAAUUCAUUUUUCUAUUACAUAUUUAUUACAUUUUUCUCUUUUACUUACACUCUCUUUAAUACUGAUGAUUUGCAUAAUAUGGAGUUUUUGAAAAAACGAGAAGUGAAAUUUAUUUGUAUUUUAUUUGUUUGAAGCAAAAACAGUGUAUUUUAUUAUUACAACGGAGUCGUUAAUUUUUAGAUGCAUUGCGUCUAAAAAUUGUAACUCGAUAGACGUCCGUGGAUGCGUUAGAUAGAGAAACAUGGCCUCGGCUGCCAUAUCACCGACGGAAGACGAUGAAUUGACCUUGCCACGUGCGUCGAUCAACAAAAUGAUUAAGGAAAUUUUACCACACGUACGCGUAGCAAACGAAUCCCGGGAAUUGAUAUUAAACUGUUGCACGGAAUUUAUUCACUUACUUUCCUCUGAAGCAAAUGAAAUUUGUAAUCAGCAGCAGAAGAAAACAAUUAAUGCCGAACAUGUGCUUCAAGCGCUUGAAAAGCUUGGAUUUGGAGAUUAUAGCGCAGAAGCUGAGGCAGUCUUGCGAGAUUGCAAAGCUGUUGCGGCUAAGCGAAGAAGACAGAGUACUAGAUUAGAAAAUUUAGGAAUUCCGGAAGAAGAACUCCUUAGGCAGCAACAAGAAUUGUUUGCAAAAGCAAGAGAAGAACAAGCAGUUGCUGAACAACAACAGUGGCAACAAUUACAAGCAGUUGCGCAAAUGGCCUCGAUGCAGCAGGCUGAUAGCGAACAAGAAGAUUAUUCGUAAACGAACUUUACUUUUUUUGAUUUGUUUCAAUGUGUUUGGCAACGAAUGAAAGAUGUUUUCUUUUUUUUUUUUGUUGUUGUUGCAAUAACGAUGGGAUAAUUACGAUAAUGUAUAUCGUUUCAAUUUUUCUUUGAUUUAUUCGAUUUUACAUUUACUAUUACAUGUAAAACCUCACUCAGAAAAACGUAGAAAAUCAUUACUUUCCAACUUCUGUGAUUAUGCAUUACGAAUCUAAAUAAAUGAUGAUGACUUUUUGUUAAAAAAAA